GCUCCUGUCCUCCGCGGCUCCCUCAGCGGGCGCGCCCGGUCUUCUGCGCCCCGCCUGCCCAGGGAUCAAAGAUGAUGAUUCCAUCGGGAGAGUGUACGUACGCUGGAAGGAAGAGAAGGAAACCCAUUCAGAAGCGGAGGCUUACCAUGGGGGCUGAGAAAUCAAAUCCUUCCAAACGGCACCGGGACCGCCUCAAUACAGAGCUGGACCACCUGGCCAGCCUGCUGCCAUUUUCACCUGACAUCAUCGCCAAGUUGGACAAGCUUUCCGUCCUGCGUCUCAGCGUUAGUUACCUCAGGGUGAAGAGCUUCUUCCAAGCCUUGAGAGAGACAUGUGUCUGGCCAGCUCCAUCCCUGUCACCAGAAGACCAUCCACACAGAGAGUGCCCUGUGCAGGAAGGACGGCUGCUGCUGGAGUCUCUCAAUGGCUUUGCCCUGGUGGUGAGUGCAGAAGGGAUGAUCUUUUAUGCAUCAGCAACAAUUGUGGACUAUCUGGGCUUCCAUCAGACGGAUGUAAUGCACCAAAACAUUUAUGACUACAUCCAUGUGGAUGACCGACAGGACUUCUGCAGACAGCUCCACUGGGCCAUGGACCCUCCACAGGUGGUGUUCGGGCAGUCCCCACAUGCUGACACAGACAGUGCCGUCCUGGGGAAGCUGCUUGGGGCCCAGGAAGGGGGCAAGGGAUUGCCCUCCGAGUACUCGGCCUUCUUGACACGCUGCUUCAUUUGUCGGGUUCGCUGUCUGCUGGACAGCACCUCCGGCUUUCUGACUAUGCAGUUCCAAGGAAAACUAAAAUUCCUAUUUGGACAGAAGAAGAAGGCACCAUCAGGAACCGCACUGCCUCCCCGGCUCUCAUUGUUCUGCAUUGUGGUGCCAGUCCUGCCUUCUGUGGCUGAAAUGAAAAUGAAAAGUGCUUUCUUGAGGGCGAAGCAUAGGGCAGACAUUGUGGUUACAAUGGAUUCAAGGGCAAAAGCUGUUACAAGUCUGUGUGAAUCAGAAUUACAUCCUAAACCCAAUUACUUAGCAGGAAGGAGCAAUGGAGAAAAUGGCAUUUCUCUCUUUAGGGGACAAACAGAUAGGAGCCACUGGGCCCAGGCUCUAGCCAGGCCUUCGUGUCUAUGCCUCAGGGGUGGUUCUGAUCUCCUGGAUCCCAAGGGAACUUCAGGGGACAAAGAAGAGGACCAGAAGCAUGUACUAAGGAGAUCCCCUGGUGCCCGGGGCCAGAGGGAGAUGCACAAGUACAGUUAUGGCUCGGAGACACCAGUACGCUUGAGGCACCUGAACUGGAGCAUAGAACAGCGAAGUCAGGAGGACACUACCAAGCUGACUCGACAGCCCAGUAAGAAUGAGUCCUCCACAUGUCUGGAGCCCCAUGGUUCCUGUGUGCCCUACUCUGGGAGCCAGGGCAUGUUUGGGGCCAGCAAUGUGACUUCUUUCAGAGAUUCACCAGACCAUCCCACUGGUGCCUACUGCAGCCAAAUGAACAGACCCUUGCAGGAGAUCCACCAGCGCCAGAUGGAGCCUUCCCCUUGUCAUGUCCCCCAGGGCAGCCUGGGAUCGAGAAUCCCUCUGCCUGGAACGCAGCACUUCACAGCCAGGGGCCUUUCGACAGAGGAUACAAAAUUGCCCAGCCUGCCAGUGACCAUCGGCACCCCAUGUAAUCCAGUAUUGUCACUGGAAGUGCCAAUCAAGAGGGAAAGUGAGUCUGGAUCCCAGGAUAUAGCUGAUGCCAGCACAACUAGCCGGGUGUGGCUGGGAACCAGUGACAUGGCUAGGAGACAUCUGGUCAGUUUCCCUGCCAGGUUGCACCUGAAAACAGAACCUGACUAUAGGCAACAGGUCUGUACCCCACACCUUGGGCAUGGUAUGCUGGGAGCUAAUCCCCACAGCAAGGAUACUGUCGGAUCCUGCAGGGAGCAGGCUCCUCUUUAUCCUACACAUUGCACCUGCCUGGAUCCAGAGCUUCCUCCUCAACUCUUCAUGCAGGGCCACAGUGAGAGCCAGCACUCUCCUUUGGGCCAAGGCUGCAGAGCUCCUAUUGUUAAGCGUGAGCCCCUGGAAUCACCAGCAUGGGCCGUACCUGGUCAGGUGGCUGUGCCCAGGGUGUUCCCUAAGAGUGCCUCUAUAACUGUGAUCCCUCCCAAAGGCUCCAAUGGAAUUUUCCUACCCUAGAGCUGCUGCUCAGCUGGAAGUCUUAGUCCUUGGAUGAUGGAAUGUGAUCAAGGAUUCUUCUAGUGAAACUCUUUACGGAACUCAAUGGGCGAGGCUGAGAUCCCCUGCCUCAUGUGUGCCCUUACUUAGACAUGUAGUUGAGCAGUACAGCACCAAGGGACUCUCAUGCAUAAAUCUCAGUCUGUUCAAAUGGACAGUUUCUCUUUCAGAAAUUAAAAUGUUUAAGGAAGUAGCCAAUAGUAUUCUAUGCUGGGCAGUGCUCAAAUGAUUGUCAAAGUGGCACGUCCCUGAUGCCCAAGCUUGCUAAACCUGUAUGCAGCAGGAACUAAGGCUCUGAGUCAGGAUCUGAUGCCAUACUUGGCAUAGUGGUGGUCAGGGAAACAUUCUGUCCCAGGGUGUUUUCUGUGGGUCGCUGAGCACAUUUUAUGUACCUGUGUCCCUGGGCACAUCACAUAGUGGAGGCUACAGUUUCCAGGCCAGAAACCAGAGAACACAAAGGGUGGUGAAGAGGCAUUAUCCCUGGCAGUUGUCUAUAGGACUUCCAGGUAAGGCAACGGUUCCUAGUCCAGGGAGACUUAGGGACAGAAAGACAUCCAGUAUUUGUUUUGAUUUGUAAAGGCAAUGCACUCUGAUCAUAGGAAAUGUGGAUAUCAUGUAUAAAUCAGAAAGGAAAAGUCACCACUAACCACCAGCAAAAUGACGUAUAGCUGGUAGUACAAUUGAGAGUGUUCCAAGGACGGGCUUAGAUCAGAAACCUUUAUCCAUUAGCACAGGAUCCACCGAACAGGAAAAGCCUGCUGUGCUCUGCUUGCCUGUUUGGCACAGUCUCCCUCCCUCCAUCUCUGAUGCCACUUCUGAGGAAUGGCAGGAGCUCGAUGGAAAGGCUCAUGUCUAACUCUUGUGGGCAGUCUCUUCAAUACAGACUUCUCUCCUUUACCUAUAGCUCCAGGCUAUCGCUGCUCAGCCACUGGUUUAGUGAAGAACCUGCCUGGUAGAUGCCUGUACCCUUACCAGAAUCAGGUUGAGUGAGCAGGACUAGGUCUUCUGCGUAGCUUUUGAGCUGUCUGGUUUCCAGGAGGACUCACCAUGGGUCGGGGAUAUGACUGAAGAUUUUCUAGAACUGAGAUGCUAACCGUAAGAACCAGAGACUUGUGUUCUCUGUCCCUCAGUUGAUUUUCAAAGGGUACUACAGGAGAUGUGCUGUUGUAGAUGUGCUGUAGAUGUGAGGCCUGCUCAUACCUCCACUCCAGGUUCCUGUUCCCUAAAGCCUGAAGUCAGGAUGGUUUCCCAGUCUGCCCCUGUGCACCUGUCUCCCUCAUUCCGUCAAACUGUCCCAGUCCCACGUUACAUAUUUCUGCCAAGCAUAGCUUAUCCUGUGGAUAUUAAUGAGUAGCCAGAGGUAGAAUUUGAGUGUUCCUCAACACCUUCUGUUCUAACCACAUGCCCAGCUCCUGAGGGCAGGAUAUGCUCAGACCACUCACAUACCUGCCAUUCUAGCAUUUCCCUCUGAAAGAGUUUAGCUGUGUUCCUGUCCUCAGCCACACUCAGCAUCCCAUACACUUCUUACACAAGGAGCAGAGAACAUAGCCAACUGUUCUGCUCCAAUAUAUACAACAUUUACCAAGAAUCCUGGAGCCAGUAGAAGAAACCUAGGAAAAGAGUCCAUGAAAAUGGAAUUCAGAGCAUAAUCAGGCGUGGUGCACCCGAGAGACAGAAGAGAGGAUGAGUAGUUCAAGCCUCCAUGAGACCUUGUCUCAAGCAAAACAAAACAAGACAAAACAAAACAAGACAAAACGUAUUAUUACUUACUUACCGAUUUUAGCCAGAUUCCCAUCCCCUUGAUAUGUAACCAAAGAGCUGUGUCCCCGAUGAAGUCCAGACACCCUCCACUCAGGUAGUCUGAACCUUUCAAAUGUACCUCAUCUGCACCCUGCUGGGAUGACAUACCAAAUGUGGAGUGUGGGCAGCUCAGCUGGGACCUGGGCUUCCCUGCAAGGCAGUAAUUAUGGACACUGAGUUCUUGCCCUUGGAGGUCGGUUCUGCAGAUUUUUUGGCAGCAUUACACGGUAAGUUUGGAUACCUGGUGCCAACACUUUCCAAAGGAGCUCAGAUAUCUCAAACAUGCACUUUUGUUGCUCAUUCAAUACAAAUCUCCAGUCACCAUGCACAGGAAGUCCGCAAAGGAUGCUCCUACUUAAAAAUUUCUCCAUUUACACUAACUACAGGCAUUUUUUUUUUUUUUUGUGAUACCUAGCUUUUACCUAUAUGGAUAGAAAAUAUCAAAAGUCAAAUUUUAUGAGACAUGGGCUAGGAAGGAAUAAAUAAAGUGUCCUUUAUAUUUGCAAUUUCUACUGAAAAAAAGUCCUCAAAAUGUAGACCCAGUGAAGUUUAAACAGAUACACUACAAUGCAGCUUUCUGUGCUGUUUUCUCAGUGUUCUUGUUUUAC